AGGCAAUGAAUGGCUUUAAGUUUUUCGAAACACUAGUCAUCAAGGUUUAGAGAAACCAUGGUGGUUCUGAAGAAGACAUCCUUUCUGGUCUUCUUCUUCUUCUUUGUCUUGUUGUUAGAGUCAACGUUCGAGCAACAGACAAGUUCUCUGGACGAGAAAUCGGCUCUUCUGUUGUUAAGGUCUUCUCUUGGGUUAAGAAGUAGAGAUUGGCCUGUGAAAGGCAAUCCUUGUCUGAACUGGAAAGGCAUAGAAUGUGAUCAGAAAGGUAGAGUAAUUAAGAUCAACAUUUCAGGGUUCAGAAGGACUAGGCUUGGGAAUCAAAACCCGCAAUUCUCAGUUGAUUCGCUUGUCAAUCUCACCCGUUUGGCUUCCUUCAAUGCCUCAAGGUUCUCUCUUCCAGGUCCAAUCCCGGUUUUGUUCGGAUCGAGUCUGUUGACUUUAGAGGUAUUGGACCUUAGCUCUUGUUCAAUCACAGGAACCAUCCCUGAAACUUUGGCUCGGUUGUCACUCCUCAAAGUUCUUGAUCUUUCAAAGAAUGCAAUCAAUGGGGAUAUUCCUGUGUCUCUUACCUCUCUUCAGAAUUUAUCAAUCCUUGAUCUUUCCUCAAACUCGGUGUUUGGUUUGAUUCCUGCUAAUAUUGGGGCACUCUCAAAGCUCCAGCGUCUCAAUCUUUCGCGUAACACCUUGUCUUCUUCAAUACCUCCAUCACUCGGAGACCUCUCUGCUUUAGUCAACCUUGAUCUCAGCUUCAACCGCCUGUCAGGUUCGGUUCCAUCAGAUUUGAAAGGGCUAAGGAACUUGCAGACAUUAGUAAUUUCCGGAAAUCGCCUUUCAGGAUCCCUACCUCCUGAUCUGUUCAGUUUCCUGAGUAAACUACAGAUCGUUGACUUCAGAGGCAGUGGUUUCAUAGGCGCUUUACCGUCCAGGUUAUGGUCACUACCGGAGCUGAAGUUUCUAGAUCUUUCUGGAAAUCACUUCUCUGACUUGCUGCCUAAUACCACUGUCAGUUUUGAUUCUACUGUCUCCAUGCUUAACAUAUCCGGGAACAUGUUUUACGGCAAUCUCACACUUUUACUGAGAAGGUUCCAAGUUGUUGAUCUGUCAGAAAACUAUUUUGAAGGUAAAGUUCCUGACUUUGUGCCAAUCAAUGCUUCAUUGAGCAACAAUUGUCUUCAGGGACCAGAGAACCAGCGGAAGUUGUCGGAUUGCGCUUUGUUUUAUUCCAACAAGGGCUUAACUUUCAACAAUUUCGGACCACCUGAAGGAAAGAAGAGUCCUAAAUCUUCCUGGUUAAGCCACACGAAAAUAGUUAUACUUGCUGCAGUUGGAGGGUCUAUAUUGCUUAUGCUCAUUCUCAUAGUAUUACCAAUAACAGUGAGUUUCUGUGUCCGUCGAAGAAACAGAUCAUCAACAAGUAAUCAUCCUAGAGGGAGACACAACGGAGUUGGCCCAUUGCCUCCUGAUGAAACACUUCCCUCAAGAGGAGGAGUCUCUAUAAACUUCGGGAGCCUUGGAUCAUCAUUUACCUAUCAGCAGCUGCUCAAUGCCACCAAGGAGUUCAGUGAUUCAAACCUGAUCAAGAAAGGACAAUCGGGGGAUCUUUUCAAAGGGGUUCUAGAAAACGGAGUUCAGAUCGUUGUGAAAAGAAUCAGCUUGGAAUCUACAAAGAACAACGAAGCAUAUCUUACCGAGUUGGAUUUCUUCAGCCGGUUUGCGCAUCCAAGAAUAGUCCCAUUCGUAGGAAAGAGCUUAGAGAGCACAACCCAUAAGUUCUUGGUAUAUAAGUACAUGCUGAAUAGGGAUUUACCAAGCUCAUUGUUCUAUAAAUCCAAUUCCCUAGUUGACAACGGAUUGAGAUCUCUCGAUUGGAUCACCAGACUGAAAAUAGCAUUGGGAGUAGCAGAGGGACUUUGUUAUCUGCACCAUGAUUGCUCACCAUCUGUCGUCCACAGGGAUCUUCAAGCGAGCAGCAUUCUGUUGGAUGAUAAGUUUGAAGUUAGGCUUGGGAGCUUUAGCAAAGCUUGUCAUCAAGAAAACAAUGGCCGUCCCCGCAAAAUAGCCCGGUUGCUCAGACUAUCCCAGUCUUCUCAAGAAAGUGUUCCUGGGUCUCCAGCUACAGCAACAUGUGCAUACGAUGUGUACUGCUUCGGCAAAAUACUUCUGGAGCUUAUCACAGGAAAACUCGGAAUCAGCUCAUGCCAAGAUACCCAAUUCAAGAAAAUCCUAACCGAGAUCAUGCCUUACAUUUCAUCACAAGAGAAAGAACCCGUAAUGAACAUUCUAGACCAAUCUCUUCUGGUCGACGAAGACCUCUUAGAAGAAGUCUGGGCAAUGGCAAUCGUCGCAAGAUCUUGUCUUAACCCUAAACCAACAAGACGGCCGCUUAUGAGACACAUAGUUCAAGCCCUGGAGAAUCCACUGAGAGUCGUGAGAGAAGACAGCAGCGAAUCUGAGAGAUUCCGUACGACGGGAUCUUCGAGAGGAUCUUCGAGUAGCGGUCGAAUUUUUGGUAGUUGGAGACAAAGCGUGUCUGAUCCUGUCGCGGCGGGAACAAGUAGCCUUCUGUCUCAAGCGGAAGGUUUAGCGACGGGAUCGUCGACGAGAGAAAGUAGCCGUGGCGCGUCGAGUCGACGAAGUAUGAAAGAUGUAUAGAAAAGGAAGACACACACGAUCAACAUUUUUUCCUUUUUUUCUUUUAAUUUUUAAUUUUUUUUUGUGGUUAUGAUUUGAUCUCUUGUUGAUAAAAAAUCCCAUAUAAAUUUAUAAUCUUUUU